UGAGCGUGAUAUCCGAAGUGGCGCGAAGUCGCGGAUCAUAGAAUCGAGAGUAGCCUGAAGAUUCACAUUUGAAUAAUACGAAACGGGAUAUUUUGGUUUUUUUUGAUAAUUUGAUUUUCGGAAGAUGGAGACUGUGCUUAUGAAGUUGAUUCUGUUUUUGUUCGUCAUAAUCGGGAGUCAGUAUGUGGUGGCUAAGCCUUAUAGUGGAAGGGUUAAACGUUUCUCAGAUCAACAUCUUGCAGACCUGGAAACAAGAAUAGCCAUGAACACAAAAUUCAAUGGAAUAGCAAUAACCAUGCCUGUUGGAGGAGGAAAAUAUGGAGUGGAUCCAUGGAAAUUAGGCCGCAAACGGAGAUCAGAGCCUAGGAGAGUUGAAGAGCUUUUCAAAAACCAAGAAGAAGAUGAAGGAGAUCCAUCACAACCCACACCUUUAAACUAUGAUGAGCUUCUGUUUCUGGCAAAAAUCGGCUUGAUGAGUCUGAGAAAUAACUUCUAAUCUUCCCUGCAAUACAAAAUAAUCCUUAUUUCUCAUCAAGUUAUCGUUUAUUCUUUACGAAUCGAUGUUUUAUGUUUAUUCAACUUGGGUUGUGAACUGAGUUCCUUGAUGGUUCCGAUUGAUGAUUAUGGGCCAGAUUUAAAUAGAGAAUGGGAACGCUAGGAAUCUCAUUGUGUGGAUCUGAAAAGUUGUUAUGGAAGAUGGAGGUGUUAUCAAAUGUUACCUUCUUUCUUCUGAACUGAGUAUUUCAUUGCAAGGCUGGAGUAAUGAAAAACUCUAGAAAAAUGCAUUUAAAUUAAUUUUUUACAUAUUUAUUAGAUCAAUGUAAUUUAAUUAUCUUUUAUUUUGCUAAUUGAAAAAAUAUUUAUUUAAUUUAUUUCUAGUUUUAAUUUAUUCUAUCAGUAUUAUUUUUCUAGAUUUAGUCGAAAUGUAUUAGAGACAUUUUUGUAUUUUUUCUACUUUGUACUUAUUUUUUAUGAGUGUAAGUAACUUGAUUCCUUUGUAAAUAAGCCAUUUUUAUUAUUAUUUAUUCGAGAAAGGCAAUAAAUUUGUU